ACUGAAGUUUCCUCUGUCAGCUUCACGGAGUAGCUGAAGAAACUCUUCGAGCAUGUCAAAAGUAUCGUGUACGUUUAGCAUCGUUGAAGUCUGCGGCGGCAAAAGGCAAAAGGAGCUCAACGCCAUUUAAGUCUCGACAAUGCGGUUCAAACAAAGAAGGCAGUGAUUUGCGGUCUUGGUGGUUUUCUGCUUAGCCAGGGCUGGGUCCCGUUACAGUUGUGAGUCGGCGGCUCACCAAGAUGUCUAUGGAGGAGCAGGAAUAUCCCGAAGCGGUACUGGUGACGGAGGCCGGGCCGCAGUGGCUUCAAGUCGAGGUCGAGCGUCUCACCCGGGAGCUCCGUGAGACGACCCAUGAGAAGAUCCAGGCGGCGGAGUACGGGCUGGCGGUGCUGGAGGAGAAACAGCAGCUCAAGCAGCGAUUCGAUGAGUUGGAAACAGAAUACGAGACGGUCCGACAUGAGCUGGAUCAGCUGAAGGAGGCCUUUGGACAAGCCUACUCAGCCCACAGGAAAGUGGCAGCAGAUGGGGAAAGCAGGGAAGAGUCACUGAUCCUGGAGUCUGCCAGUAAGGAGGCUCUCUACCAGCAGAAGGUCCUAGAGCUGCAGAAUGAGCUCCGACAGGCCAAAGCUUCGCUCACCAGCUCGCAAGCUGAAAAUGAUCGCCUGUCGGCAAUUGCCCUGGAGAUGAGAGAGAAUUCAGAGCUGGCAGAGCUGCAGCGAGGUCAGCUGCGCGAUGACAUGAGAGAGUACAAGGUGCGGGAGGCUCGUCUGCUGCAGGACUACAGCGAGCUGGAGGAGGAGAACAUCUCUCUUCAGAAACAAGUGUCUGUGCUGAGACAGAACCAGGUGGAAUACGAAGGUCUGAAACAUGAGAUCCGCCGUCUGGAGGAGGACUCCCAGUGCCUCAACAGCCAGCUGGAGGAAGCCAUGCGUCUGAGAGAGAUCGCUGAGCGGCAGCUAACAGAGGCCUUGGAAACGAUUAAAACAGAGCGCGAGCAGAAGGCCACUCUUCGCAAGGAGCUCUCCCACUACAUGACCAUCGGCGGCUCCGUGUACAACAGCUCUUUCAACAUCUCCUUCGACAACCUAAAACUCCACGACGAUCCCUCGGCCAUCACCGAGCCUGACAACGAUGAUCUGAUCAGAGGCUUUGAAAACGGCUUGGCCAAGGCAGGUGAAGGUGAUGAAGACAACAGAGCCGGCGUGAAGAGAGGAGAGGCUUUCAAGCCGGCUCCUAGCCUGGUGGACGACCUGCUCAGUGAGCUCAACAUCUCUGAGAUCCAGAAAUUGAAACAACAGCUUGUGCAGGUGGAGCGGGAGAAAGCAGCCCUGAUCAGCUCUUUACAGGAGAGCCAGAAGCACCUGGAGCAGGCCUAUGGGACUGUGUCUGAGCAAAAGGAAACUGUCAACAGGCUGACUGAGAACCUCACUGCAAUGAGGAAACUGCAGGCCAGUAAGGAGCGCCAGUCCGCCCUCGACAGUGAGAAAGACAGGGACAGCCACGAUGAUGGAGACUACUACGAGCUGGAUAUCAACGGCCCUGAGAUUCUGCAGUGUAAAUACACUGUGGCGGUGUCUGAAGCCGGGGAGUUGAGGCAGGAGCUGAAGACCCUGAGGGCACAGUACGAGGAAUGUCGAACCCAGUAUGAAGACGAGCGAGCGCGGCUGGAUAGCGACGUCCACGAGUUGAGAUCAAAGCUGGCGUCUCUGGAGAAGAUCAGCCACGCGGAUAAAGCGGAGGUGGCUCGUCUGGAGAAGGAGCUCCGUCUGGUCAGCGAGGCUGCGGGAGAAUCACUUGGCAGCCUUAACGUGGCCCAGGACGAGCUCAUAGCUUUCAGUGAAGAGCUGGCCAAUCUCUACAACCACGUGUGCAUGUGCAACAAUGAAACUCCGAACCGUGUGAUGCUUGACUACUACAAGGAAGGCAAGGCCAAAGUAAGAAAGGGGCAGGAAGGGAAGGAGCAACAGUCUUCCGUACUUCUCUCAAAUGGGCUGAUCACUGAGACUGAGCCUGGGAAGUCCGGCAGCACCACAGUUAGCCCGGCCCCGGAGCCCCGACCAGAACCCAUGAACAUCUAUAACCUUGUAGCCAUCAUCAGGGACCAGAUCUGCCACCUGCAGCAGGCAGUGGACCGCACCACAGAGCUGUCACGUCAGAGACUUGCCAAUCUGGAGCUCAGCACAGUGGCAGACAAGGACAAAGAGGCCUGCAUGGGAGAGAUCCUCAAACUGAAGUCCCUGCUUAGCACCAAAAGGGAACAGAUCGCCACCCUCAGAGCUGUGCUAAAAGCCAACAAACAGACGGCUGAGGUUGCUCUGGCCAACCUGAAGAGUAAGUACGAGAGCGAGAAGGCCAUCGUGACUGAGACGAUGAUGAAGCUCCGCAACGAACUGAAGACUCUGAAAGAGGAUGCUGCUACGUUCUCCUCUCUUCGAGCCAUGUUUGCCACAAGGUGUGAUGAGUAUGUGACCCAGCUGGAUGACAUGCAGAGGCAGCUGACUGCUGCUGAGGAUGAGAAGAAGACCCUGAAUUCUCUGCUGCGUAUGGCCAUCCAGCAGAAACUGGCCCUAACCCAGCGCCUGGAGGACCUGGAGUUUGACCACGAGCAGGCGCGCCGCAACAGUGCCACAGCAGUGGCAGGCAAGGGCAAAACAAAGGGCAAAGGAGCCUCUUCCGGCCAUCAUUAAAUCUAUCAUGCCAAGUGUCCUUAAGGAGCUCCGUCAGAGUGUUUGUGAUAGUUGCCAGUCACCUGGUUCCUUCACUCUCUAAUCACGGUCCAAAUCAUGUCGUCGUCAACACAAGAACAUACAUAUCCAACAGUAUUUGCCAAGAGCCUUGUUUUAGAGUGCCAAAACAGUUAUGUAAAAUUCUGACUGCGGAAAGACUCAUCGCAUCAGCUGCCCGCUGCAGUCCUCCAGUCUUCCAACAACAUGCACCACUAUUAUUACUGAAUCAGAGGAAGACUCAAGAUCAGUGUUUGCUGGUUACUUAUUGCCUGUGUUACUCUGACUGCACUUUUUUUGUUUUACUUAUUUGCUCUUAGGUGAUUCCUCCUUCUUUCUAAAAAAUCCUAUUAAUUGUUACAAGUAUUAUACAAUGUUUCUACCAGAUGUGCAUGUUUGUCUACCAGAUUCUUGUUGAGAUUUUCAAGUGAUUCAGCUUAUUUAUUUCAUAGCGACAAACCCAUACUUUCAGUUUGUUUGAAAUUGAGCUGGUUGAAAUUCAACAAGAGACAAAUACACUUUUUUGCCUUAGUUAUUUUCCUUUUGGCCUUAAUGUAUGGGCAACCUGCUGACAGCCCAUAGAAACUGUUUCAGCUUCAUCAGUCUUGAUAGCUAUAUGUCCUUUGUAACUCAUUAAAACAGUAUUGCAAUAUAUUAUUUUCACUAUAUGAUCCUGUAAAUAUGGUGCUACAGUUUCAGGGUCGUACUACAUUUCGUGUUAUUGGGCUCCUCUUGUAGACAUGGCAGAGCUGUUACAAAUUCCAGUAUGCUUGUUAAGACUAAGAAAGAGUAUUAAUGCAAAGCUUAUUUAAAGAUUUCUAAGUUAAGGUCAGAUGUUAAUAGUAUUCAUAAACUUUAUUCGUGAAGGAGAGUUUUUAAUGUAUUUGUUUUAAUACAAUUUUUUUGUAAACCUUUUGAGUCCUACAGUCUGCAAACAAGAAGCCUGCAGUGCCAUCCUGUGUUUUGUUUAUACAAGUGCAAUUUGCAAACAUGGCAAGGAAAAAAAAAAACAAAACUAAAUGAUUAUGUUAUGUAAAAAAAAAUAUUUUACACUAUGUUGCUCACAUACUUGUUCCUAAUUGAUUUUAUAUGUUUUUACUACAACUGCAAUUGUAUUUAUUUGACACUGUUCAGACUACAGGAUGUCUUCAUCCUUUUUGUUUCAUAAGGGAGUCGGAGUGGAGGUGCCUGGCCGGAAUAUUGAUAAGACUGAACUUGUGGGAAAACACUAGCAAAAUUGAUGACUGUGGGCUGCUGUCUCUGCUAACAGUUACUGCUGGUGAUGAAAUAAAUCUAACUUUCACAAA